GUACAUCUUGUCAAUAACAAACGAGGAGGAGAUCCGGGAGUACAUUGCCGACCUCAUCCAGGGCACCGAUGGCAAGAAGAGCUGGUUCGUGGAGGAGCUGCUGUCCAGGUGGAGGAAAUCUGCCCAGCUGCCCUCCGAGCCCUUCCCAGCCUACCGCAAAAAGGACGAGGCACUGGAAGUACCGCGGGCUGGAGACCAAGGGAAGAAGGGGAAGCGGAAAGGACGGAACAAGCAGGAGACACUGGCGUACGCCGAGCCCAGCGCACACGUGGAAGAGGUGAAAACCCCCCUCGACCUGGCCAAGGCCCAGGAGAGCAGCAGUGGAGUCGGCAGCAGUAGCAUUUCCUCUAAAAAGAAGCCCAAAUAUGUCAGCCUGUACACCAAGGAGGGGCAGGACAAGUUGGCUGUGCUCAUCCCAGGGCGUCACUCCUGCGAGUGCCUGGGCCAGAAGCACAAGCUCAUCAACAACUGCCUGGAGUGCGGCCGCAUCGUCUGCGAGCAGGAGGGCUCUGGGCCCUGCCUCUUCUGUGGGGCCCUGGUGUGCACUAAAGAAGAGCAGGACAUCCUUCAGCGGGACUCCAACAAGAGCCAGAAGCUGCUGAAGAAGCUCAUGGCAGGUGCUGAAAGUUCAGGGAAUUUGGAUGCCAUAAGCAAAGACUUGCUGCCUCGCCAGGAAGCGAGACUGAAGGCAGGCCUGGAGAUGGCUGUGAAGCACAAAGACAAGUUGUUGGAAUUUGACAGGACAAGCGUUCGUCGCACGCAAGUCAUUGAUGAUGAAUCGGAUUAUUUCGCCACGGACUCCAACCAGUGGCUCUCCAAGCAGGAGAGGGAAGCCCUGCAGAAGAGAGAGCAGGAGCUGCGGGAGCUGCGCCAUGCCUCUAGGCUGGCUAAGAAAAUCACCAUCGACUUUGCUGGCAGGCAGAUCCUGGAGGAAGACAGCAGCAUGGCCGAGUACCACAGCAAACUGGAUGAAACCAUUGAAGCCAUUAACUCUGGGGUGCUGAGCAAUCCAGCUGGGAGCCUGGAGGCAAAGGCGACGCUGAACUCCGGUGUUUUGGUGAAUCCACGUCUGCUUCAGCCUGCUCCUUUGUGGGUGGACCAAACUGGUUUGCUUCCUCAAAGGAAAGCCAUCCAUUCCAUGGACACUGGGAGUGAGUCUGGCUUGGAGCGGAAUAGGUUGCGGAUUCAGGAUCGAGAGCUGCAGGAGAUCUCAGAUGAUGGUUGGUGCCUCAGCAUGCACCAGCCUUGGGCUUCUUUGCUUGUAAGAGGAAUCAAAAGGGUGGAGGGCAGGACCUGGUACACGUCUCACAGAGGGAGGUUAUGGAUUGCAGCCACUGCUAAAAGACCUUCCCCUCAGGAAAUCUCUGAACUGGAGGCCACCUACAGAAUGCUGCACCGGAAAGAUGUGGAAUUUCCAAGCGAUUAUCCCUCAGGAUGCCUCCUGGGCUGUGUGGAGGUGACUGACUGUUUAUCACAAGAGCAAUUUCAGGAGCAGUAUCCAGACCUGAGCCAGGAGUCCGAGUCUCCAUUUGUCUUUAUCUGCACUAAUCCCCAGGAGAUGGUUGUGAAGUUUCCCAUCAAAGGCAAACACAAAAUCUGGAAGCUGGAUGCAAAGAUCCAUCAGGGAGCGAAGAAGGGGUUAAUGAAGCAGAAAGCUGUGGGGUGAGCGCCGGGGGAGCGGUGCCCGUUCCCACGCAGCACCCUCCGAAGGGUGCCAGGAUGGUCCUCAGCUCUGGAAGGCAGGUGCAAGACGGAUCCCUGAUCCCAGAUUAUUUUUAGGUAUUGCUUUAUCUGUUGUAUUCCAAAAAGCAUUAAAAGAGAUGUUUUUUUCACCAA